UUCGGACACUAAACGUGAGGUCCACUAAAUAGACAGUUCAGAUUCACUCCCUUUAUGGAUAAGGCCCAAAUAAAACUCCUAUCCGUGACCUCUGCUUUCCUACCAUUUUCCUCGUCUUGCCCGCUCCCUCCAAAUACGAAAAAAAUCUUCCCAUGAAUCUCGUCCUCUCUCCCGCAAAUUUUCUAUUUCCCAAAACACCCCUCCUCCCGCUCUCCCACCCUCCCCGACCCUCCUGCAAAACUCCCCACAAAACCCUAAAACCCCGCGCAGUACAGCUCGAAUCCUACCCCCCGCCGGCAUCUGAUCCACCGCGCCGCUCUGAUACCGGCGUCCUCGUCAUCGGCGCUGGACUCGCCGGUCUAGCCGCCGCGACUCGUCUCCACGCCUCCAAGAUCCCCUUCCUCCUACUAGAAGCUUCCGACGCCGUCGGCGGCCGCGUCAGGACCGACACCGUUGACGGUUUCCUUCUCGACCGAGGAUUCCAGAUCUUCAUCACUGCCUACCCCGAAGCUCGCAAAACCUUGGACUACGAAGCUCUAGAUCUCCAGAAGUUCUACUCCGGUGCCCUCGUCUACAGUAACGGCCGAUUCCACACCGUUUCGGAUCCGUUCCGGCAUUUUCCGGACGCUUUGAAGAGUCUUGCCAACCCGAUCGGAUCCGUCUUUGACAAGUUGCUGAUAGGAGCCGUGAGAUUACGAGCCGUGAGUAGAUCGGACGAUGAGAUCCUGACUGCUGAAGAGAUUCCUAUCAUCGAGUUGCUGAGGAAGACCGGAUUUUCGGACUCGAUCAUCGAUCAGUUCUUCCGGCCAUUCUUUGGGGGGAUUUUCUUUGAUCGGCAGCUCGAGACGACUUCCCGGCUCUUCCAUUUCAUCCUCAAAUGCCUCGCUUUAGGCGACAACACGCUUCCGGCGAAGGGAAUUUCUUCCAUUCCCGAGCAAUUGGCCGGAAAACUGCCGCCAGAUUCCGUGCGGCUGAAUUCUAAGGUCGUUUCCGUAGAUUUUGCCAACGAAUCCGAACCCCCGAGAGUGAUAUUGCAGACUGGAGAGAUCUUGGGAGGGGAGUCAGGGCUGAUUGUAGCGGUGGAAGAACCAGUUGCAGAGAAGCUUCUGGAAGGGAAGAUUGACAAAAAACCGGCUGGAAAAGCGGCCCGGGGCACGGCCUGCUUGUAUUUCUCAGCGGACCGGUCACCGGUCCGCAAGCCGGUCCUGAUCUUGAACGGUUCGGGGACAGGGAUUGUAAAUAACAUGUUUUUCGCAACGGAUGUGGCUCCGUCCUACGCGCCGGAAGGGAAGACGCUGGUGUCGAUUUCAGUUGUCGGGUCUUGCGAGGACGUGCCAGAUGAGGAGCUGACACGUGUCGUGAUCAGGGAGCUUUCAGGGUGGUACGGAACGGAGGUUGUGGAGUCGUGGAAGCAUCUCAGAACGUAUCGUAUCGGGUUUGCGCAGCCGAAUCAGAGCCCGCCAACCGAUUUGGUGAGGAAGAGGCCGGGUAUCGGGUCCGGGGUUUAUGUUUGCGGGGAUUAUCGGAAUUCCGCUACGUUUGAUGGGGCAUUGGUGUCGGGAAGAAGAGCGGCCGAAGCUUUGCUGAAGGAUAGAGAGUCUUUCAUCAAGGACAGAGGCUUGGCUCGUGUAAUUUAACCGUCAACGGUUUUUUAACGAAUUUUUUAUUCGAAAAUUUUACCAUAUGUAUCUUUUUGGAGCCUUCAAUUUCUUAUUUUCUUGGUCACAAGCACUCAAUUUUUUCUUUAAUGCAGAAUAUAAUUUUUAAGGUCGGGUAGAAUUCAUCCUAAUGUAUUUCAAUAUAUCAUACAGGGACUGUAGCCUUUGAAUUUGGAGUCACUUUCAAUGGUCCAAAACCCGUUUACAUGA